AAGCAUGCUCUCCCCAAAGCUGCAGAAAGAUGCCUGCCCCUCUCUCUCUGUACAGCUGGAGAUUUAAAGGGAAAGAGUUGAUGCACAACCAUUCAGUACACCUCCGCCGAGCCCUCCCCAUCUAUGCAACGUCAGUCGCUCCUUCCCACUCGAGAACAAAUGCUGCCCACCGAACGGUGACCCGGAGAGGGAAAGGUUCGAACCUAACAGAGAGAAGGCCUUGAUAUGGUUUCAUCAAUGUGAAGAAAAAAACUGGUUGGGGGACUACUUUGCGUGUGCGGGAGCGGUGCUGCGUCUCUCUCUUGCUUUCCCCCUGUUGGCAGCCAUCUUGAAUUUUAAUGUUAAUUUUCUGGAAAUUUUUAGUUUCCCUCGAAAUAUCGGAUGGGAUUCCCUGCGAUUCCGAGCUUGGAGGAAGGGGCAUCUGUUUUUCAACAGAUAGACUAAACUGUUACUGAACUUCUAAACAUCGAAAUUCAGGUGUGCUGCCAGUAGAAGGAAACCCUAACAAUAUUGUGUGUUUGAGGCCCUGCUUUAAUUGUUCUUGUUAGCAGGAAUCAACAGUGGUGAAGAAGCAUGGUUCAGCAGGAACAUUUGUGCUGUGAAGUCAUGGUUUGCCUGAUCUCUAAUGACCUGCAUCCUCAGUGGCUGGAGCAAGUGUAGAAGAAAUGGAAGAUAGUGCUGUUGAAGGCAGAGGAAAGUCAGGAAUACCUUGCAAUAGGACCACUGGGCCUAAUCAUGUAUUUUACCAGCGUGUUUAAGUAAAAGCUUUGCUACUGCCAAGAAUUUUGAUAUGGAAGAAUGAGUCUGCAGAUGAGGAGCUCAAGUAAACAGUGCAAUGACGGUCAUGAAGAAAGUGUUUACAGUAGCAGAAGUGUACACUUGACAAGAAAUAGCAUUUUGAACUACCAGCCUAUUUCUUGGGAGGGCCUGUUGAAAAGAGAGACUAAAUGAUACUGGCUUGGGCUGUUUGUUGGCAUGAAGUGGUUGGGAGAAUCCAAGAAUAUGGUAGUAAAUGGCAGGAACAAUGGAAGCCGAUUAUCCAUUGAACAGCGUGAGCAACAGAAUUUGCCUAGAUUACGACCCAGUGCACAGCAAAGCAAUCCUAAAGCUAACAGAAAUGCUUCUGAAAAACGCACAUCUAGACGCUGUGGAGGAUCUGGGAUUGAAGGUCAGAGUCGGUAUGCACCUUCAUCUGGGAUGGGAGCCAAAGAACUCUGUGAGAAUGAUGACCUAGCAACAAGUCUUGUCCUUGAUCCUUACUUGGGUUUCCAAACUCACAAAAUGAACACAAGAACUUUACACAGCAAUGCAGUUUUAAUACAAUAUCUUAUACCACAGGUAUUCAUUUACUUAAGAAUGUUUGCUGCUGAAAGCGGAUUUGAAAUUUUGCCAUGUAACCGGUAUUCAUCAGAACAGAAUGGAGCCAAAAUUGUUGCAACUAAAGAAUGGAAACGAAAUGAUAAAAUUGAAAUGCUUGUAGGUUGUAUAGCUGAACUGUCUGAAAUGGAGGAAAACUUGCUACUUCGACAUGGAGAAAAUGAUUUCAGUGUUAUGUACUCCACAAGGAAAAACUGUGCACAGCUAUGGCUUGGUCCUGCCGCAUUUAUUAAUCAUGAUUGCAGGCCAAACUGUAAGUUUGUAUCAACUGGUCGUGACACAGCGUGUGUGAAAGUUCUGAGAGAUAUCGAACCUGGAGAAGAAAUAUCUUGUUACUACGGUGAUGGUUUCUUUGGAGAAAAUAAUGAGUACUGCGAGUGCUAUACUUGUGAAAGACGUGGAACUGGGGCUUUCAAAUCAAAAGCUGGACUUCCCACUCCUAUACCUCUCAUAAACAGCAAAUAUGGUCUAAGAGAAACAGACAAACGUCUGAACAGGCUAAAAAAGUUGGGGGACCACAGCAAAAACUCUGAUAACCAGUCUGUGAGUUCCAACACUGAUGCAGAUACAUCUCAGGAAAAGUCUGACAGAAGUUCUUCUGCUGACGGAAAAGAAUCAACGGAUAUGAAAAAAGAUUACAAGGGCAGAACAGUAACAAGGCAGACAAUAACAAGAAACUCUGCUGUUUCCAAUUCUACCUCGUGUUCUAAACCAACCCAUAUGAACAAUUCCAGGGUACCAAAGAGACUAAGGAAAUCUGCAAAACCUCUGUUGUCAAAAGCAAGGCAGAAAAGUCGAUGCAAAAGGCCAGAGCAGAAAUCUGUUUCAAGAAAGCUUGAGGUAGAAAACUUAGUUCUUAAGGAACCUAAAGUGAUUUUAUAUAAAAAUGUUUCUGUUAAAGACAGAGAUAUGCAGGGACCAGAAAAAGAUGGAUCAGAUGGUUGCAUAACCAGGCAUGCAGCAAAAGAGCAUGGUGUGAGUGCUGUAACAGAAGCAUUUACAGAUGUAGCAGUUUCUUCUUGCACAUAUAUGACCAGGAGGUCCCUGCGAAAAAUGGUUGAUCCGAAGGAACUCCCUGAUAAGCAGCUUGAACCAAAUAUCUUGGACUGCCAUAAAAGUGGUAGUUGUGAACUUGAGUUAAAAGACUUCGAGCAGCAUUCACAUACAGCAAAUGAAAGUUUGUUGAAUCCUGAAACUGUGCUUAAGGUGGAGGAUAAUUUUGAGGACUGUACUGUAUCUACAGAAAGUGUAAGUUCACAGCAUGCAGCAGUUUUAGGCUCCAUUGUAAAAGUAGAAGAAUCUGGUUCUGUUUGUGAGCCGUCUGUAAAUAAAGAAUCAAUACCUGAACUAAUACGCUCAUCACCUGUUACUGAACAUGGUGAUUGCAACAGAUUAGCACUAGACAUGUCAAAUGGACAUCAGGAUUGCACUGGUGCAUCCAAUGAAUGCACUGUAGUAACUGCUGAAACUUUCAAGCCAAAAGAUCAUUUCAGAACUGCAAAAAGAAAAAAGAAAAGGCGAAUUACAAGGUAUGAUGCACAGUUAAUUGUUGAAAACAGCUCUGGGAUUCCUAAACUGACCCUCCGCAGGAGACGUGAUAGCAGCAGCAGUAAGUCAAAUGACCAGGAAAAUGAUCACAUCAGUUCAUCAAAAAUAAGCAUUAAGUUAAGUAAAGAACACCAAAAUGACAGAAAUAAUUUGUAUGUAGCAAAACUUAAUAAUGGGUAUAAUUCUGGAACAGGUUGUAGUUCUACAAAGCUUAAAAUACAACUAAAAAGAGAUGAGGAAUGUGUUGGGGUCAGUCAGGCUUAUUCGGACAGUGGUCUUGAUAAUGGUAUAUGUUGUAAUGCACUUAGUCAUUUAGGGUCUGGAAUAGAAGAAAAUGAAUGUAAUCAGUGUGAUGAAGACUCUCUUGAUGAAUCCUCUUCAGAUGAUGACGAUGAUGAUGAUGAUGAUGAUGAAGAGAGUGAAGAGGAGGAAGAGGAGGAGGAUGGAGAGGAAGAGGAAGCAGAUGAGGAGGAAGAGUAUGAUGAGGAAGAUGAUGACUUUGAAGAUGAUUUCAUUCCUCUUCCGCCAGCUAAACGAUUAAGACUUAUUGUAGGUAAAGAUUCAAUAGACAUUGAUAUCUCCUCUAGAAGGAGAGAGGAUCAGUGUCUAAGACUUAAUGCAUAAGCUGAAGGUGAAAACCUGACCAUCUUGUAAAUAAAUGAACUUUCCAAUCAGCUAUUCCUCAUCUAAAAGAUUUCUUUUCUGUAAAUUUUAGUGAAAGCACUUCUGUAUUGUUCUGUCAUUAUAAACGUAAAUAUUGUAGAAAGUGUACAGUAUAUUGACUCUUAAGUCUGAUUUGUGCAGAUUUUUAUUGGUCUUUUUAAUAGCCUUACUAUGUGCAAUUCUUGUUUUGGAAAAAGGAAAUGCUUUGUUGUAAAAUAAAGGCUAAAACAAAAUAUUUAAAAAGUU